UAAGCAUGUCUCCCCGCUUGUGCUGUUACUUAAAUAUCUUCCAUGCAGUUCACAGGGUUUAAUUUUAGACUCCACAUGCGGCAGGAGCAAACGGUGCCCAGCUGAAGUCAAAGUCAGAGGCUUCUCGGUUUGCUCUCUCCUGAGUCAUAGAUUGGACAGAAGUUAUCCUACCUUUUUGAUAUCGACAAAAGAAAGAAGUUAGGCAAAUAUGUCAAACAGUAACGACCUUGAGGAUCUCAAUGAAGAGGAUAUUGACGAGGAUGAACUCCUUGCUAUGCUUUCACCGGAGGAGAUAAAGGAGCUCCAGAGUGAGAUGGAUGUUAUUCUCGACCCAGAUGAGAGGGUACCGGUGGGACAGAGACAAAAGGACCAGACGGAGAAGCCUCCGACUGGGACGUUCGACCACAGAUCCCUGGUUGGUUACCUCUACUGGGAGAAAGAGUCCAACCGUAUGCUUGAGGAAGAAAGAGUGCCUGCUACUCUGCUGCCCAGUGAGAAAACUUUGAGGGAGGAAGCUGAGAAGAAAGACGAAGAAGAAGAUGUGGAAUAUGAAAUGAUAGAGGAAGUCAUCGAGGAAGAAGUUGUUAAUGGUACAGAUGGAGAGGAAAUGAUAGAGAUUAUUGAGGAAAUUAUUGAAGAGGUUGAUGAGAGGGAUGAAAAGGACAAAGGGGUGGAUGUUAAAGACAAGGAAGGGUUGAAGUCACCUGUGAUCACAGACAAACAUGAAAAUACUAACAAACAUGUAGAUGCUCCAGACACCAACACAGAAAAAGUCCAAGAAAACAAUACAGAUGACAAUCGGCCUUUACCAGACACAAAGCAGAAGAGUGAGAACGAAGCCCCAGAACACAAAACAUCACAAGUUGAAGAGAAAGAGGAAAUUAAAACUACCGAAUCUUCGCUUCCCAGAGGGAAAGAGGCCUCAGAGGAGCCAGAGAUAAACGAAACAAUCUAUAAGCUCCCACAGAAAGAAGAGAGAAAAAUUAACAAAUUAAAUAUUCCAAAGCUGGCAUUCAAUAAUAUAAAAAUGACAUCAAGACCCUCAGGAAAUGAGACAAACUUGGAGUCAACACUCGACAAAAUCCGCAACAACAACCCUUCGAUCACCGAGGUCAACCUCAACAACAUAGAAAACAUUCCCAAAGAGAUGCUGUUAGACUAUGUCAACGCCUUGAAGAAGAACAAACAUGUGAAAACCUUCAGUAUCGCCAACACCGGUGUUGAUGAAAACAUUGCUUACAACUUGGCCAACAUGUUACGAGAGAAUCGCGGCAUUACGACUUUGAAUAUCGAAUCCAACUUCGUCACCGGAAAGGGCAUCGUGGCCAUCAUCCGCUGCCUCCAAUUCAACGAGACCCUCACAGAGCUGCGUUUCCACAACCAGAGGCACAUGUUGGGUCACCAUGCGGAGAUGGAGAUCUCACGCCUGCUCAAGUUCAACAACACCCUCCUGAAGAUGGGCUACCACUUUGAGCAGCCGGGGCCCAGGAUGGUGGUGACCAACCUUUUGACCAGGAAUCUGGACCGCCAGAGGCAGGUGAGGAAGGAGGAGCAGAGGCAGCAGCAAGUGAAGGAGCAGAGGGAGCUGAUGCAGGAGUAUGAGAACAGUCUAAACCUGCCUCCUGGUUUACUUGAGAUGCUCGGCUACAUACCGCCUCUGGAGGUCCUGCAGGAGCACGGGCUCGUCCCACCCUCGUCAGAACCGAUCGCUGUACCGCAACCGCGACAGCAGACGGCGCAGCCAGAGCCUCAGAAGCAGCACAAACACAAGAGCGCUCCCAAGCAACCCAGCGCCGAACCGACAAGCACAUUGAAGGACGUCCAGCUGAAGAGGACUCCCAAGAAGCGAGACCCUUUUCUGGACCUGGACCCGAGGGAUAACAGGGGACCAGGGCGGGCGAGUUUCCAACUGAGGAAGACUCCCAGAGGGAAGGAUGUAGGCAGUGUAGCGUUGACAGAAGCAGAAGAAAAAGCUAACCUGACUGACGUGAUUAAGACUUUAAAGCCCGUCCCUCGCAGGCGAUUGGCACCUAAGGUUGACGUCACGCCCCGUGAUCAGCUCCUCGGUGAGAUCAAAAAGAGCGGCGUGGCCUAUCUCAAAUCUGUGCCGCUCCCUAAAGUCCUGGAAUCAAGUGAAACGAGUCUCCUCUGAGGCUGCAGCAUCAGCUGUUUGUUCUCUUCACCAGACAGUGUGUUUAUUUUACAUCUAUUCUCAGAUCAACUGUGCAAAAUGAGACUCAACUUUCAUUACACACAGAAAAAUAUUGGCUGGUUGCUGUUCAACUCUUGAGUUGCUGUCAAACUAAAUGCUGUUGUUUUUGGGAGGUUGUAACAACAAAGGUAUAAAAAUUAAGAAGACCCUAAAUUCAAUUGGCAUUCAAAUGUAAGACCUCUUUCAUAAUUUGCUAUUGCCAUUCAUAUAUUUCUUAACAUGGUGUGCUAUAAAAUAGUUUUUUAGAAUUGGUUUGUUUGUUUUAAUGUUGGAUCAUUUAUUUUUGGAGCAAGCUUGUUCCCCAUAUUUGCAUUUUGCUAUAAAAUAAUC